UCCUUCCUCCUUCGUUCCUUUCUCCCUUUCUCUCUCUCAGCAAAGAAAGUGAAUCUCUUGUCUAUGUCAGAUAGAAGUUUCAGGCGACGAGCUCCGGCCACACACCGGAAGAGUAGACUACCGAAACCCACGCUAUCGUUUCGCCGGCGAACCCCGACGCCCAGAAGAUCAAAACCCCCAAAGCCCAUAAAUAUCCUCCAGCGAUGCCAUUCGGAGCCGAUCCUUUACACUUUCAGACUUUUCUUGGGCGACAACAACAACGACGACUACGAAACUCAUAUACCCAAAACCGAUGCUCUCCUCCUCUUCCGCCCUCAGACUUGUAUGGACAUCUUCACACCUCCGUUUGUUUCUCCGACUCCAUCUCCGUCUCCACGUUCUGCCGAUGUAUACAGUAAGGAUGCGAAAGUGGUGGUGACGGUGACGGUGGAGGGAAGUCCAGGGCCGCUGAGGACGAUGGUGAAGUUAGGAUCGAGCGUGGAGGAGACGAUAAGGUUGGUGGUUGACAAGUACAGGGAGGAACGAAGAACCCCUCAUCUGGAUCGCGACGCAGCUUCCUCCUUCCAGUUGCAUCAGUCCUACUUCAGCCUUGACCGUCUUGACAAGGCGCAAACAAUUGGAGAGGCUGGGAGUAGAAGCUUCUACCUUCGAAAGAGCAGCUUCAGCAGAGAAAGCAGUUUUAACUCUGAUGGUGGUGUAGCUUCUACUACUACUGCUGUGAUGGCACAAGUUGUUUCAGUGAGAGCGAACACUGGAAAUCCAGCGAUUGCGUCUCCUCCAUUAAUAAUAUUCUCCCAAAACUUCAUUGUUCGAAAGAUGCACAAGAUAGUUAGAAGAACGCGUAAGCUCUGGAAGUUGAUGGGUUGCGUGCAUUGCGAAUAG